ACUUCGAGUCCACUGGCGGGACUCAGUGAUCCACCCUUCUUGUCUGUCCCAGCUCUCAAUUUCGACAUUUUUCCGGAGAGCAAUGCCUACGAAAUUGCCCCUUAAUUUCAUAUCCAAAUCCACUAUCCACCACAAGACACCCGCUAUUUCACAUUAUUCUUCUCGCCGCAGUAGCAGCUGUAGAACUAGUAGAAGAAGAUCAGCGGCGCCGUCGUGCAGCACAAGAAGCUCAGCCGAGUCCAUCAGAUGGAACGGCCGCGGCGCAGAGAAUCAUCAUCACCACCACCACCGCGUUCCUAAACUGAACGGUGCCGGUGGUAGCAUUAAUUAUGGCGGAGUGGAUCAGGACGGCGAUAAUAAGAUGCCGAGAGUGGUGCAUUGCGAAGUGCAAGUGGUGUCUUGGCGGGAGCGGAGAAUCAAAGCUGAGAUUUCCGUCAACGCCGACGUCGAUUCCGUCUGGGAUGCUCUCACUGACUACGAAUGCCUUGCGGAUUUCGUUCCCAAUCUGGUUAGCAGCAAGAGAAUUCCUUGUCCUCAUCCUGGACGGAUUUGGUUGGAGCAGAGGGGUCUGCAACGGGCAUUAUAUUGGCACAUUGAAGCUCAUGUUGUAUUGGAUCUCCAAGAAUUUAUCAACUCAGAAAAUAUUCGUGAACUCCACUUUUCCAUGGUUGAUGGUGACUUCAAGAAGUUUGAAGGUAAAUGGUCUCUCAAAUCUGGAAAAAGAGCUUCAACGACUAUGUUGUGUUAUGAAGUUAAUGUUAUUCCAAGGUUUAACUUCCCAGCAAUAUUCUUGGAGAGAAUUAUCAGAUCAGACCUUCCUGUGAAUCUUCAAGCAUUAGCCUGCCAAGCCGAAAGCAAGUUUGAGGGUCAUCAGAAUACAGUUGCUAUAAAUGCAGGUGCCAGUGCAGACUCUCUUGCUUCCCUUGUUUCAUCAAGCAAAAAUGUUGAUGUUUCCAUACCUGAAAAGAAUAAAAUUUCUACUGGUGCACUCAAAGAGAAACUUGGAAAAGCUACUUUUGGCCCUGUGGCACCUGCUACUAGUGAUCUGAACAGUAACUGGGGAAUUUUUGGAAAAACUUGCAAAAUUAACAAGACAUGCACGGUGGAUGAAGUUCAUCUCCGCAGAUUUGAUGGCCUAUUGGAAAAUGGUGGUGUCCAUCGCUGCGUCGUGGCUAGCAUAACAGUCAGGGCUCCUGUUCGUGAAGUAUGGAAUGUUUUGACUUCUUAUGAGAGUCUUCCUGAGAUAGUUCCUAAUUUAGCUAUCAGUAAGAUCCUAUCACGAGAAAAUAACAAAGUUCGCAUUCUUCAGGAAGGAUGCAAGGGUCUUCUAUAUAUGGUACUUCAUGCACGUGUUAUCCUAGACUUGUGUGAAAAAAUUGAAGAAGAAAUUAGCUUUGAGCAGGUUGAGGGGGACUUUGAUUCAUUUCAAGGAAAAUGGAUCCUGGAGCAACUAGGAAGUCAUCAUACACUAUUGAAGUAUAGCGUGGAGUCCAAGAUGCACAAGAACUCAUUUCUUUCUGAAGCAAUUAUGGAAGAGGUCAUAUAUGAAGAUCUCCCUUCGAACCUAUGUGCAAUUCGAGAUUACAUUGAGACAUUAGAGGCAGAGAAUGCUCAGAAGACACAGGAAUAUGUAACAUAUGGUGAGGCAGAGAUCACUCCUGACAAGGACCUAUCUGCUGACUCUAUUAGCCCAGAUGAGGAGAAUUCAGAUUCUGUUAAUUCAGACUCACAUAGACAGAGACCCAAAGUUCCAGGAUUGCAGAGGGAUAUUGAAAUUCUAAGAGCUGAGCUUCUGGCUUUUAUCUCAGAGCAUGGACAGGAAGGAUUUAUGCCCAUGAGAAAGCAGUUACGUAAGCAUGGAAGGGUGGAUAUUGAGAAAGCAAUUACUCGAAUGGGUGGAUUCAGAAGAAUUGCAUUUUUGAUGAAUCUCUCCCUUGCUUACAAACACCGCAAACCAAAAGGUUACUGGGAUAACCUAGAGAACUUGCAAGAUGAGAUUAGUCGCUUCCAGAGGAGCUGGGGAAUGGAUCCAUCUUAUAUGCCCAGCAGAAAAUCUUUUGAACGAGCAGGUCGAUACGAUAUUGCUCGUGCAUUGGAAAAAUGGGGUGGGCUUCAUGAAGUUUCACGUCUUUUGUCACUGAAGGUAAGGCAUCCCAACAGACAACAAAGCUUUGGCAAGGAGAAGAAAUUUGAUGUGGCACCUAGCGAUGUAAAUGGUGAGGAGAAGACGCCUAGAGCCUAUGUUUCACAAGAUGCACACAAGUGGCUCACAAAACUAAAGGAAUUGGAUAUAAACUGGGUUGAAUGACACAUCUAGAAGAUACAUUAUUUAUUGUUUUCCUUAAAAGCUUUGGUUUGGUAGCAACCAAUGCCUCUGUUGUACAUACAUGAUGAUGAUGAUAGCAUAUAGUAUAGCUAGCUAAGAAGUCUUAUCAGCUUUUGAGUAACCAUCAUCAAAAUUCAAAAGUCACAAAAAUUGUUGAAAUGAAUUGUUUGUUUGUAGCU